AUGUAUUUUUACCAUACGUUACCAACUCUUUAUGUUGUUCUUUCUACACAGGAGGUUGGACUAUUAGAAAGAUGUAAUAGAACUGCUAGUGUUAUCUGUAAAACUGACUGUCAGUUAUUACUGAUAUUACAAGAUGAUUUUGACAGGUUAAUACGCCAACCUUUGAUGAAACAAAAACAGGAACAUAUCGAUUUUUGUCGAAAAGAUUCUGUUAUUACAAGUGAAGCUGGGGAUUUUAAAUAUUUGAUUGUCAUUAUGACAGGUAAAUGUAGAUUAGUGAGUUGUAUAGAAGUAGAUAAGAAUGGUGAUAUUUCUUCAAAUAUUACAAGGUCAAAUAAAAAGAACAGUUUUAAAACUAGAGGAGAUAUAGAAGUUUUAACUCAGAAAUUACCACCAAUCAAGAGAGCUAGGAGUAGCUCUGUUACUAAAGAUACAACUUUUCAACAGGUAUAA